AUGUAUGUUACUGACUCAACUCAGCAUAUGAAGAAUCGACAGGAAUCCAACACAUUCAGGAAGACCUUCACUGUUCGAGAUGGAUUUCAUCUGAGAUCUUAUAAUGCCGAAACUUACGCUGCAAUCGCUGCACAACAAUCAUCGCUCGAACAGUCGUCUGAUGCGAUGGCUGUAGACGAUGACCAUUGCCGUCUUUUUCACGAAAGUAUCAAAACGAAAAUUGUAUCAGCACCUCAGCUGGCUCAGCAAAGACUUCGAGCAAAUACGAGAUUGACCAUGAACGUAAAAGACCCGCCGAAAAUUCCAGGCAGUCAUGCACAUAAGUGUGCUGAUGAAGCAUCUGCCACAAUGAACAUUUUGAAUCAAAUACUUCAAUCUGAAAAUGUUUAUCAAGGCUCCAACUGUGAAAACGAAUCGAGAAAGGCUUUUGAAGCAUUGAAAGCCCCUGAAGAAUGGCUGAUAUAUCGGCAUCGACUGAGAGAAACAAAGCAGUUAGAGGCCAAUAAGCUGCUAGAGGAUACUUCCAAUCUUAGCAAGUCGCAUGUAAGAGUGAUAGGAAAGAAUGACGAAGUUCGCUUGCCGAUGAAACCGACGAGUUAUCCGACGUUGACUUCGACCUACAGCAAGCGUGUUGCAGCUGCACGGCCAAAAAAGCACAUGCCGUUUGAUCACGAGUACAAUCAUCACGAUAAGUUACCGGAGACAUCCGAGCAGACAUCGCAAUUUUUUCCGAUAUACAAUGCUAGGGCCCAGAACAAUUUGCUCAAGUCCCAACCAGAGAUCUCAGCAGCUACACCAACCGAAACAGCGUUGCUUGUUUACCCUGAAAAGCCCAGUAUCGAUGUAAGCCAUCUUUAUACAAGACGAAGUGUCAUGCGACACGAAACCGCUAUGGUUCUUCACUCGCGCAGCCUCUCGUCGCGGAUAAAUGAGUUGCGUAAUGUGCCCAAUCUGCUGAAGCAAAUAGAGGCUCAUCGUUUACGGGAAAAGAAGCAGCAUAUUGCAGAGCAUGGCGCUGACAUCGUAGCCAAAAAUUGUAUCAGCCCGAGGACGCAAGGUUUGCAUAAACGCUUGCAGACGCCUUUACUUCCUUCAGCCACCGACUGCAAAAUAAAUCAAGCAAACAAGCGCAAGCAGGAGUUGGAUGCUGCAAGGGAAUAUAAAAUGCAACGCACUAGCAGUCGCUGGCAGGUUUGUCACGACCAAUGCGUAAAAUUCGGUUGUCACAAUGACAUACAGAGUCAGUGGUUAGUCAUUGUCGAACUUGCUGGUAGUUCGAACAAAUGGCUACUUGAAUUUAAGAAAUCUCACCAAAAUUUUCUAGAAAUGAUUAAGCGGCUUCAACGGUUUUGGCGACAACGACGUCUUUUGCAACUGACUCGCUCUCAACCGUCCUUUUCGCUGUCGUCGGCAGCUUUUCGCAUGCCUUCGUUUAUUGUUGCAGUGAUUCAACUACAGCGAAGUGCUCGUGUCUGGCUUAAGCAAAAGCAUCAUCGUGAACGAAGGAGUGAUGUGGUACUUAUCGUGACAGCAUGGUUUGACUUCCAAGACGUCAAAUUUCGGCGCAUUAUCUUGCGCUUUCGGAAACGCGUGCGAGAAUUUCAAUCAAUGUGGCGCUCUUGGCGAGCCAUUACAGCUGCACGGGUCAAGUUACUGCUAAUUGUUUGGGCGAAUAUGGAGCGCAGGAUCAAAAGUCAUCGUGUUGGGACAUCGGAAAAAAAUUUGCUGCCCAGCGAUUCUGACUCACGAUCCCGGAAAGAUUCAUCACUUCUUGCCAUGCUUCAACAAAUAAGAGACGAAAAGCCACAAAAACAACAGUCUAAACGUUUGAAUGGCAUGCAUCGGCAUUCCCGCAGUGGCGGUGCUAUACGCAUGCUUGAGGGUGGAGCUACCAUAGACUUUCAAUCAUUGAAAAGUGCAAAUUCUUCGCCAAUCUCUCAUUUUUCCAGAACUUCGAAACGAACAAAAUCGAUAAGUACCGCACAAACUCGUCGGGAUAAUAUGGGGCAUAAUACGACAGAAAUGACUCAAUUUCACACUGCUGACUUCUGCAAAAUCCAUCGGAAUUUGUCUACUGAGUCGCCAGAGUUUGAUGAACAUUUGUUAAACCACAAAAAGAAUUGUCGCUGUAGUAACCACUUGUCUUUGCUUCAAGUGCCGUCACCAAACCAACUUGUGCCUGUUUCUGCGAAAGUUCCUCUUUCGCUUAAGGUAAAAGUGCUGCGUAAAUUGUUAUGUGACAAACGAAAAAUGUAUUCAAAUGCUCGAGACCGUGGGCUCAAGUCGUGGUCGGCUACUCAAAAGAAGAUGCGCAGUCAAGUCUUGCACUACGAUGUGUUGUACGAGCUAGCAGCCUUUCGGCAGUUGCAAGCCAAGUAUACGACGUUCUUGGUACUUCAUAGCAUUACCGAAUCGGAAAUGACGCAUCUCAUUUAUGAGUUUUUGUACUUUGAAAUAGGAAACAACUGGAAAAUCAAAAUGACACCACCAUUAAAACAACGCAUACCGCUUAAGCGUUUAUCAUUGUCUCCACCUGUAUGUAAGGCGCAGCUUCAUCAGCGCUGUCUGCAGCGAAUUAAAAGAGACCGUGCUCAGCUGAUGGCUAAGCUUCGCAGUCCAGGGUCUUCAUCAAGUGUCUCGGAGGAAAUACAGCUUCUUGUGGCCAAUGAACAGCACAAGGCUUCGCUAUCCGCUUCUCCUGCUGCUGCAGUCUCCGUAGACGACAUGUUGCUUUUAGGUCAUUUGAAAGAAAGUGAAUAUUUAGAGAUUAUCCAUGCGCUAGAGGAUGCGCUGCGUCAUGAAUUUGAGAAAGAGAAGAACGAAGAGGGAGACAAUGAGCUGCGUUUAGCUGAGCACAUGGCCGAACUUGAAGACGCUGAGCUUGAAGCCAUGUUAGCAGGUAUGGAACUUAUGGACGAUUUAGAGCAUUCGAAUGCUAAGGAGCAGCAGCAUACUUCUAUUCAAGUACUAUGUCCCAGUUGUAAAGCGGGCUACCUUCGAGAACACAAGGAUGCACAAGCGUCUACUCCCUUUAUUUUGUGCAGCUGUGGCUUCACAUUCCGUGCCAAGUGCGUGUAUACUUCAUUGCUUGAAGAUUUUCGGGAAAAGAUUGUAAAUGCCUUUAUAACGCACCGCAACACAUGCUCUGCCGACCCGUCAUUUAGAAAACAAACGCUAAUUGACAACAGCGCGGAUUCAUUAUGCAUCCAGUGCACGCAUUGCGGUUGCGACAACGUUUUACCCUGA